UUUCGACUUAUAAGUAGGUGAACGCGCUCAUCAACAUGUCCAGAUCAAUCGCAAUCUUAGCUGGUUUACUUUUCGCAUUGCUAUCAAUCGAUUGCUGUGCAGGAUACUCCGCCCACGGACGUCCACCGCGUCCAAUCAGUGAUGCUGUUUUAGCGCGCCAGUUGGUGCACCAGUCCAACUGGGCUGCCGUUGGUAGCAUAUCGCAUAAUGAGAAAAUCACCGAUUUCCCAAUGGUGAACAUCCUCGCAGUGGAUGAUAGCGCAUUGAAUGGCUCAUCCACGGGACGUAUACAUUUCCUGUUGGCAGAUUUCGAAUUCACCGGUGCUGAUUUGUUGCAUAACAACAAAAUUACUUUAUUCUUUAGCGAAGAGCAAACCGGAUCGUGCAACAGACGUGGUGUAAAUCCCAUGGAGCCGGCGUGUCCGCGCAUCAUGAUCAGCGGUCGUAAUAAAAAGUUGGACCCAAAAAGCCCAGAAUACAAUGACUACAUGGAAGCAUUCAACAAACGCCAUAAGCAUUCGAAUAUUUGGGUUGAAGCGCAUCAUUUCUAUCUGAACGAAUUGGAUAUUGAAAAUAUUUUCAUUGUAGCCUAUCAGGGUGGUCCACGCACCAUAAGCGCCGAAGAAUAUUACAGCGCACAUCUGUGAAUUUGAAAUAUAAUAAAUAUAUCAGGAAAUCGGUUUUUCCUGUUUCCAUUUACCUACAUACCAACAAUUAUUAAGCAUUAAAAAUGUGAUAAAAAAAUCGAA